AUGAGAUCUUACGAGAAGAAAAAGAAAAAAAAGUCCACAAAAAAAAGUUUACACAGUAGAAAUAAGUGGUCUAGCAAUAAAAGCAAAUCUAGUUAUAAAAAAAAAAAAAAAAAUUUAGUUAAUUCAAAUUACAAUUUACUAAACGAUCUUCAAAGAGAACAUAUAAAUGAACACAUAAAAAAAAAAGAAGAUGAAUAUAUGAACCAUUCAGAUGUAAAUAUAUAUGAAAACAAAAUAAAUGAAGUGGACAAAAGUAGAAAUAUACCAUGUGUUACUUCAAAAGAUAUAAAUAUUGAUAACGGAAAUAUUAAUAAAGAGAAAAAAAUAAAAAUAAAACAGAAAAAAAAAAGAAGAAGAACAAACGAAGAAUGUAUUUCUAUUCCCAAUGUUAAGGGAAAAACAGAUGUUCCCAUUUUGUAUUCUAACAAGGAAAUAAUAUUAUAUAAAAAAAAUGAAAGCUAUAGUAUUAAUAGAAACAAUAUUGAUAAUGACAAUGUUGAUAAGGACAAUGUUCACAAUGACAAUGUUUAUAAGAAUAAUUCUCAUAAAUAUAACAUGAAUCACAAAGGAAAAACAAGAAAAUGUUCCUUUAACACAAAUAAAAACAACAUUUCAAUAGAAAAUAAAACUAGAAACAAUAAAUGGAUAAAUAGAAAGAAUCAUGUUGAAGAAAAAAAUAAAAAAAUAUAUCAUAACAUGUUUAAAUCAGAAGAUAUAAGUAAUCAAAAUUAUAAACCACAAAAUUUUAAAAACGUUAUAAUUCCACAUGAACAUUCUAGUGAAUAUUCCAACAAAUCACAUGAAAAAAAAAAGGAAAAAAAAAAAAAGUUAUAUUAUAGUAGUACUUUACAUAAUAAUUUUGGAAGAAUAAAGAAAAAUAAUACAUUGUUUGAGGAAUAUGAAGAAAAGCAAAAUGAAAUUAUAAAUAAAAAAUAUUAUAUGUUCCAUAGUGCAGAUAUAUCUAAUAAUAAUGCAAAUUUAUAUGCUAACCAAAUUAAUAAUAGUUAUGAAGAGGAAAAAAAUGAAAAAACUAUCUCAAUUAAUUUCUUAGACAACAUAUUACCUGUAGACAAAAUAAUACAAUAUGUAGAUGAUAUAUCAAUAGAAACACUUGUAUAUAUAUUAAACACAUUAGACAUAACCAAUUCGACAUCCUUAAUAGAAGGAUUACCACAUAGAUAUUAUAAAGAAUAUCUUAUGUGCACAAAUAAUAUGAAAAGAAUUAUAGAACUUAUGGAAAAUAUAAAUAAUGAAAAAUUGGGAAACUUUUUUAUUACAUAUAAAGAAGAAAAGGAUAUAUGUAAAUAUAUAAAUAUAUUAUCAUUAGAAAAGUUAAAUAAUAUUUUAAAUUGUUUUAAUAUUGAUAAUUAUAAAGAGUUCAUAUUAUUAUUUGAUGAAUAUAAAAUUCUGGAAAUAUUAAACACACUUUCAAUAAGUACUUGUUUACAUAUUAUAUUAAAUAUAUCUCAAAAGAAAUUAACAUAUAUAUUUGAAAAUAUAAAUGAAGAAAAAUUAAUUAUGUUAAUAAAUGAAGUACCUAUAUGUAAAUUUUAUUAUAUCAAUGAAUGUAUACCAAUUCAAAAAAUAGGUACCUUAUCUAAUAAUAUAUGUUAUGAAAAAUUAUACCAUCUUCAUAAUUCUCUAUCUAAUAGUAAAUAUAUACAUUAUAUAACUUGUCAUUUAUCCAUACAUAUUAUUAUUCAACUUAUAAUUGACUUACCUACAUAUAAAGCUAUACAAAUAUUGAAGACUAUAUCAUUAGAAAAAAUAGCACAAUGUAUUAUGUUUAAUAAAAAUUGUUUUAAUAUAUAUGACAUAAUAUAUAAAGCAUUUCAUAUAGAUAAAAUUGUACAAAUAAUAAUUCAUUUGGAUAAUGAUAUUAAUAAUAUAAAUAUUUUAUUAACGUUAGCUAACUAUACUGAUAUAAUACAUUAUAUUAAUUAUAUACCUUUUAAUAAAUUUAAAUUAUUUAUAGACAAAAUACCUAUAUCUUUUCUCAAAAAAAUUAUAAAUGAUAUAUCUCUGAAAAAAAUGAUCCAAUUUUUUAUGAACAAUAACAACGAAAAGGUUAUAAUAUGUUUUCAUCAACUAACAAUUAAAAAUCUUAAUUCGGUUGUACAAUUAUUACCAGUAAAAAAUAUAAUACCUUUGGUUAUACCUUCUCAUAUAGAUAUUCAUAGUAAAGAAAGCAAAAAAAUUAUUAACCGUUUAGAUGCUAAAAAUAUGGUCCAUUUCUUAAAUGAUUUAAAUGAUAAACAAUAUAAAUAUAUUUGUAAUUAUCUAUCUCUUGAAAAAAUUCACAAUGUACUUAAUAAUAGUACCUUUGUAAAUUAUGAAAAGUGUUCCAUUGUCAUUUUAUAUAUGCCCAUUCCAAAAAUAAUAGAUACAUUUCACACAUUAAAUGAAGAAAAGAAAAAUGGUAUAAUAGACCAUAUACCCUCUUAUAUUAAAGAUACUAUAAUAUGUAAUAUAUAUGAUAACACCAAAAAAAUAUAUAUAUACCUAAUGAACCCAAUACAACAAAUAUUUAUUUCAUGUAUGUUAUUUAAACUCAACAGAAUUUUUGGUAAUCACUAUCAAAAUAUAAAUAAGAAAAAAAAAAAACAUAACAAAAAUAAGAGGGAAUAUAUUCCUUUAUAUUCUAUAAAAAACAAAUUUUAUGAUAUCAUAAAAAAUAUAAAUAUUAAAAAGUAUCAUAAAUUCUUAAAUCAAGUAUCUUGUAACAAAAUUAUAGAAACACAAGAUGUUAUACAUAAUAUAAGGAAUAAAAAAAUAUAUGAACCUCAACAAAUAGUACAAGAUCUUUUUUUUUAUUUUAAUAUUUAUCAGUAUGUAAAGAAAAAACAGGAUAAAAAAGUUUUACAUAUAAAAAGAAAUAUACCAUUAAAUGUUCAAAAUCAUGAUAAGGUAAGUGGAAAAAUAUGGAAUAAUAUAUAUUCUCCAAUAACAUUAAUAUCUGAUCCUAUGCUUUCAAAUAAUAGCUCUGAUAAGAAUAGUUACUUAUAUAAUAAAUCUUAUAUCACGAAAAAAAAAAUAAAUUCAAAUGACCUACUAUAUAAUAAUAAUAAUAUAUAUAAAGACGAAAUAGCACCUAACAACAAUGGAACCCAUUAUAUUGAUCUUUCCAGGAGAGAGAAAAUUCUACCUAUUAAAUCAUAUAACAUACAAAAUAAGGAUAAUAAUAAAAAUAAUACAUCUACAAAUAUAUAUUACAAUGAAAAUAUUUCAUUAAAUAAUAUUUGCAAUGAGAAAAAUAUAAAUGAGGAUAUGACAAAACAUGUCAAAAUACAUAAGAAAGAAAAUUCAUAUAUUCCUAAAGGUAGACACAGUUUAUAUAUUUUUUUAAUACACCUAAUUCAUGUUAUAAAAAAACAUAUACAAGACAAAAAUGACAGAAAUAUUAAUGAAAAUAAUUCAUAUAAUAUAAAUCAUACUACAACUGAUAAUAAUAAUAAUAAUAAUAAUAAUAAUAAUAAUAAUUACAAUAAUUUGAACAUAUAUCAUAAUAAUCUCUUGUCGAACACAUCAUCAACUGACAAAAAUUAUUACAAUAAAUUUAUUUUUUAUCAAGUGAGAAAAAUAAUGAAGAAUAUAUUUUUUAGCGUAAGGAAAAUUCUACAAAUGAAAAAUCGUUCAAAGGUUAUAAAAAAUAUAUCAAUACUUCAUAUUAUGAAUGCUGAUUUAUUACCUUAUAUGAUAAACUCAAAUUAUAAUAAUAUAUUUUACGAUGCAUCAAAUAAUAUAAAAAAUACUGAAAAAAUAAAUCAUAAUCUCAACAUAUCUGAUAACAGAAACCAUUUACAAGAAUACAAAAUGUUUAAUAUGAUUGAAGACUCAACCGAAUUUUUUGAUACUAGUAAUAAUUUUGUAGUUAUAGAAAACAAACAUACAAAUAUAAUGUAUUCUUCAAAAGAGAAUGAAACCAAAUUUAGUCUAAAAGAUGAUAUACCUAUAAUAGAACAUACGAACAAUGAUAUAGAAUUAAACAAUGAACAAAUAAUUAAUGACAUAUGUGUACAAAAAAAUAAAAAUAAAAAUCCUCUUUAUUAUGUUUCCCUUUUAUUUAAUAAACCUAAUUCAUUUCCAUAUAUAAUUAAAAAUAAUACCAUAAAAAUUGAGAAAAAUGAGAAAAAUGGGAAAAAUGAGAAAAAUGAGAAAAAUGAGAAAAAUGAGAAAAAUGAGAAAAAUGAGAAAAAUGAGAAAAAUGAGAAAAAUGAGAAAAAUGAGAAAAAGUACAAAAACUUUUUUUUUUUCAAAACAGCUAAAAUAUGUGAUACUAUAAAAAAUGAGGAAUGUGAUUCAAAUACCCAAGGAGAUAAUAUCAAAGAUUAUAUAUUAACAACUAGUGAUAUAUUCAAAAAAAGUGGGAAUAAUAUAUUAAAUAUUUAUAACAAUGAUACAAAAAUUGACAAUAAUAUUGAUAAGGAAGAAAGUGAACAAAUAAAUUGUAUGAAAUCUAUUAAUAGUAAUAAUAUAAGUACUUUAUAUUGUAAUACAAAUGGUGAAUCAAAUAAUAAUAAUAAUAAUGAUAGGAACAAGAAGGACAUACAAAAAAGUAAAUUCAACAAUUUAAGAUAUAAAUGGAAAUUAUCAAAUAUUUCAGCAAAAUAUAAAAACAAAAUAUAUAAAAUAAAUAACAAUAAUAAUAAUAAUGGGGGGAGAAAAAAUGUUUAUUGUCUUAAAUUCAUAUUUGUAUUAAAUAAUGUUUGUGAUUUAGAUAAAAAGAAUAAUGAUAACAUUAAUUUAACCCUUAAUAUUUUUAUUUCGAAAACCAAAAAAAAACGACUCCUUAAUAUAUAUAAACAAAAAAUCUUAGAUUCUUCUUUAGAUAUCCAAAUGAAUAAUGAAAAAUAUAAAAACAAAAUAAUAAACUUUAGUACUAAUAUUAGUGAUACCAUAUGUUAUAUAAAUUCAAACAUUGUUAAUAUAACAUUUGAUAAAGAACAAAAAAAUAAAUUGGAAUAUUUAUAUUCAUUAAUAAAUGAGUCGGAUUCAUCUAAUAAAGACAUUUUUAUCAAAACAAAAUGUGGUACCUACAUAAAUGAUGAUGGUAAUACGAAUGUGGAUAAUCUUGAUUAUUAUCAUAGAAGUGAUAACCAUAUGAAUAAUGAUAAUUAUAAUUACAAUUACAAUUAUGAUACAAAUGUAAUAUCAAAUCAAUUAAAAAAUAAUACUCUUGUUCAUAAUGAAAAUAAAAAUAACAUCAUGUUAUCUGAAAAAUCCAGAUCUAAUCUUUUGAAUAAAAAUAUUAUUCUAUUAUGGAGCUGUAAAAAUAUAGGAUAUAUCCUUUUAAACACAGAGAAUUCUCUUCAUAUAAAUAUUCAAGACACUUCACAUAAUUUAUGCAUACAAAUAGACAAGUAUAAUUAUAACACACAGAAGACUUAUUUUUUUAAUAAUAAUAAAAAUUACAAUAAAGGUACAUCUAUAUUUUUUAACAGAUUUGUAAAAGAAAAGAUAAAUUUUAGAAAAUUAAAAGAGACCUUUUCAAAUAUAAUUGAAAAUAAAAAAAAGAAAAAAAAAGUUGUAUGUAAAUCUUUAUUGGAAGAAAAUAAUAAGGAUAACAUUCAUAAAUGUAAGGACAAUGAAAAAACAAUAAAAUAUAAAAAUGUAAUUAAUUUAACAAAUAAAAAUUGUACUGUUGAAGAAAAUAAUUCUUUAAAUAAAUAUGAAAAUAGUACAAAUACAGAUAUAUUAAAAUUCAUAAAUAUAAACUUGGAAAAUAAUUAUAAAUCGGAACAACAUAAUACUGAAGAUAAUAUCAAUGAUGAUAUUAUUUAUUUUGGUAAUGAUAAGUAUGAAUUUUUUAAUGAUACCGAUAUAUUAGAAAACAAAAAUAUAAAUCAGAAAAAUAAUGAAAUAUGUAUAAACGAUAAGCAAGUAUAUCAUGAUAUAGAUAAAGAUAACUAUUUAAUUCAAUAUGAUCAGAAUUUAAAAAGAAAAAAUAGUUUAAUAUUUAUGAAUAAUACAAAUGAAACGUGUUCGAAUAACAUGUUUUAUGAACAAUCUAAAAAUGAUGAUCCUAUUAAUGAUUAUUAUAAACAUCAUAAUAGUAUAGUUGUCAAUUAUUUUAAUAACGUAAUUAGAGAAUCUAAUAAAAUAUUAUCAGGAAAAAGAAAUAACAUUAAUAAACAAAUAAGAGAAGAAAUAAUAAACAUAAAUGAAAGAUCUAUACAUUCGUUGAAUUCAAAUGAAAAGGAAAAAGUACAUCAAAUUAUUAGUAAUGAAUAUAAUAACAUUAUGGAAUACGAGUUAACAAAAAUUCCUAAUCCUUAUUUAUGUGAUACGUAUCAAUUUCUUAAAUACAGUUAUACGAAAGAGGAAUUUAAUAUUAUAUUAUAUUUAAAACAGAGAAAAAAAAAAUUAAAUAAAAUCAAUGAUAUGUCGAAUAUAAAAAUGAAUGUUCAACAAAAAAUUACAAAUGAUGGUAAUAAUAUUAUUGAUAUACAAAAGAAAGGGAAAUUUGUCCCUCAUAUUUUUAAUGAUAAUAAUAUCCUCAAACUAAAAUUAAUCACACUUGCAGCUAAUGAAUUAUGCGAUUAUAAAGUAUAUAGCAACAAAAGAAACAACAACAACAACAACAAUAAUAAUAAUAAUAAGGAAACUGUAUGGUUUGAGGAAAAUUUUGGAAAGAUCAAUUUAAGUUUUCAUUCCUCUCACAUUUUUUCUAGUAAUCCUUUUAUUGUUUCAAGGAAGCAUUUUUUAUCAGAUCAGAAAACUGAAAAUUAUAGUACAGCACAAACAACACAAAAUAAUAAUAAUAAUAAUGGGGAUUUAAAAAAGCAAAAUAACAUAUAUAAUGUAAAUGAAGAAGGUAUAUAUGACAAUAAUAUAUUUGUCAAAGGUAUUAAUAAAAAUACCUCAUUUUAUAAUGAAAAAUAUGUUACACAAAUAGAAAAUAAGAAGGAUUAUAAAAAUGAACUUCUUUCGUUAAGCAACAUAAGUUAUAAUGAAAUGAUCAUACAAAAAUGUAUUGAAAAAAAUGAGGUACCUAAAAACUAUAACAAUUUAGGAAAUUCGAAAAAUCUGCAAAAUGAAGAAAGAUUCCUAACUAUAACAGAAAAAAAUAUACCAAACAACAACAACAAUAAUAAUAAUAAUAUUAUUUAUGAUAAUAAUAUUUUCAACGGUUUAUAUAUCAAGGAUAAUAUAAAAUUAACUAAGCCAACCAUACAAGAUAUUUUAACAAGUUCUGACAAAGAUAUCUUAUACAAAAAUAAAUCACCUUUUAAUCAUAAGCAAGAGAUACAAUCUAUAAAUACAGAACAAAUAAUAAAUAAAAUAUAUAUACCAAAUUAUUCUUCUGAUGUUGAUAGAAAAGUGUCCAAUAAUUUUUCAUGUAUUAAUCAAUCAACUAAUAUGCCAAAUAUAUUUUCCAAUAGUGUUGGAAAUAUAAAGAGGGUUAAAGAACAAAAUAUAAUUAUGAACAAUUCAAAUAGUAUAUUAUCAGAUGUAUCAGAUAUUUUCAUUAAUUAUAAUGAUAGUAAUAAAGAGGUAGAAAAAAAUAUGAAAAGUUCCUUUUUUCAUAAAUUAAUUAUUCCUAUUCCUGAGGAUAAUGUGAAUAUGAAUUUAAUUGAGAAAAAAGAAACACAUUUGGAUGAUAAUAAUAUAAAUAUUAAUUCAGUUGAAGAAAAUAACAUAAAUACAUCCCAUCCUAUUAUGAAGUCACAUAUAGUAAGCUAUUUAAAUAAUAAAAGUAUAUGGGAAAAUUCCCUUAAAAAUAUAUCGGAAAAUUCUCUUAAAAAUAUAUCCGAUAAUUCUCUUAAAAAUAAAUCAGAUAAUUCUCCUAAAAAUUUAUCAAAAAAUUCUCUUAAAAAUAAAUCCUGUUCUGAAUUUUCCAGAAAAAAUCAUCAUAAUAAUAAUAAUAAUAUAGAUAAUUAUAUAAAAAAUGCAAAUAAUAAUAUAUCUAUAAAUGAUACCCACAAAAAUAUAAGCCGAAUGAUGUAUAAUCUCGGAUUUAUAAAUCUACAUUGUUUAUUAGAAAAUAAAAAUAAACACUUCUAUUUAAUUACCCAAGGAUAUAUUAAAGCUAGUAAUUAUAUUAACGACCAAAUGCUUAUACAUACAAAAUUAUAUAACGAAUUAUUUCAAACAAAAUAUAUAGAUCCAAAGAAAAAUACAAGUAUCAUUUCUUCUUCUUUUGAUAGUGUUACUAAGCAAGACGAUAAAUUAUAUUGUUUACAUAAAAAAAAAAGAAUGCUUUGUAAUAUUUGUGGACAUACAUUAAAACAAAAUUUAUUAAAUGAUUUGUUUUUCUUUAAAAUAAUUAUUGUUACUAAAAGGGCUAUUUUUUCAAAUCAUACUACAAUCAAUAUAAUUUAUCAAAGUCCAUUGAUAAAAGCAGUUUUUCAUGAAAAGGAUAAUAUCAAAUAUAAAUUAGAACAAACAAAUAAUAGUGAAUAUAUAUUAAAAAUAAUAGCAAUAAAAAAAAAGAAAAUACAUAAAACAUUCUCUCUAUCGAAAACUAAACAUUUUAGGAAAUGUCUAGAAAUUGAAUUGAUUAAUAGUGGAAGAGAUAAUAUAAAAAAUCAGAUAUAUGAAAGCAAUGAAAAUAUAUUAGAAAGAAAUAUAUAUGAAAAACAAGUAUUUCAUAAAAAAUCGUUUGAUAAUACAUACAAGACUACAAAAGAUUCAUUAAUUAUUAAUAAUGAAAAGUAUAAAUAUGUACGAAAAAAGAAAAAAAAUUCUUCUUACGAAAAUAUUAAAAAUUAUUCCCAAAGCUUAUCAAAUACAAAUUAUAGUAACCAUUUAUCUACCAAUAUUUGUAAGGCAAAUAAAGCAAUACUUAAUUUUAGUAUAUUGGAUGAUAAGAAUAAGAAAAAAUAUGAUGUAGAAAAGUUUAUAGUACCUUCUAUAUAUUUUUGCACUAACGGAUGA